GCCAUCCUCCACGGUCGCUCCUCAAUUGCUUGUACCCUCUCAUGGUUGCCAAGUCACUUAGAGUCGAGAAGAUUGACCUUGCCGCUGUCCUGGUCUCUCAGAAUUCUCAAAUUGACCUGAGGAUUGAAGCUUAUGAGGCCUCGACACGCAACUUUCUGAAGGCUGUAUCGAACUACACACAGCGCGCAAUCACAGAAAUAAGCAACCGAAAGGCGGCUCACCUGUCAAGCAGAAAGAAGCUAUUGGAGAGGGCUCACCAGAUUGAGGCUGAAACGAAUCAAUGUAAAAUCAAGGAAAUUGAGCUGAUCAAAGUCCUUGAUACGGAGGAAAAGGAGAAACGCGAUGCUGAAACAUCUGUCACUACUUUCAAGCGUCAGCUUGCCAUAGUGAAAGAGAGAUGCUCGCUGUUGGAUAGUGAGCUCGAGCAACACCGCGUCGUCGCAGCCAAUUUAAACCGAGAACGAAACAGAGAGCAGGGGACCUUGAAUUCCUAUGCCGCUCAUGUCGCACCAGAAAUUGCCGAUUGCGAGAGCUGCCUACAAUGCAGCAUUGAAGGAAUUGAAAGGGAUAUGCUCCUCGUGCGCUUCCUCCGCUUAGAUGAUGCCGAUCCAACUCGAGAGUUCAGCAUGGUUAUCGAUGUUUCCAGUCCCUUGUAUGAAGUGCCAACUGCAACUCCAUUCCUUCCGACACUUCCUAUUCACCUUGACGAGCUGAACGAGACAAGAGAUGUUUAUGCAUUCAUCAGACAAGUCAGAGAUGCUUUCCUUACUGCGAUAUCCCAGAAAAAAUAGAUGUCAUUGUAAAUUAUUUUUUUACAUGUUGCUUGUAUGAUAUGCAUAGACUCUUCAUUAUGUAUCGGACGGAUGGAUCUCUGAC